AGUUAAAUUAUGGUAGUAACCAAUAGAUAUUUGGGCUUCCGCCAUUAUUACGGAGCGUCAUCAAAUUCUCUGAAUCAUCGGAAGACUGCGCAUGCUUUCUUCGUACCAUGCAAAUUUUUCUUAGACUUCUUAUCGAAUUGGGAGUGCCCGAUGAAUUUCGCUCCUCACCUAGCUUGCCUCAACAAAAAACACCUUUGAACCGACAAAAGAAAGUAUACGAGUGAGACCGUCAAGUUCUCGGCAUACUUAACCUUGGAGACGCAUUCGCUGUUACUAUUUUGUGAAGUUAGAUGAGAAAAGUCACUGACAAACUGCUAUUCUUUUCUUUAUUGUGAACCGGUUCAUCCUAAUGUCACAACCAUUCGUCGCCCACGUAAGCUACACGUGCACCCUCAAUUCUCUAACGUGGCAAUAUCUUGGAUGAAUCAUUUCCUAACUCCUCGCCACCUGUAAAAUACCUAGUUACGUGCAUGCAGAAAAGUACUCUUCUUCUCCACCGUCUCCGGAUUUUCCUUUUUAAGUCCCCAGAUUAGUCUCAAUCCAUAGCCAUCUGCCAAGCCCCGACAGAUAAAAACAUAGCUCCUAGUCCACUACCGUCAAACUCUUUUCAAGCUUCUUUCUUUUGCUUUUGCUGUCACUGACGAAAUGGCUGAUUUAAGAGAUGUGCAUGGCAACCCCAUUCAACUCACUGAUGAGCAAGGCAACCCAGUUCAACCGACCGACGAAUACGGUAACCCCGUGCACGUCACUGGUAUAGCCUCCAAGCAUCCAGUUAUGACUCAGACAGGUGUGCCUGGCGGUCAGAUGGGAUAUGAGACUGGCUCUGCGGCUGGGUAUCAGCAGCAGCAGCAUCCACAGCAGCUGCAUUACGAGGCUUCCAGCGGGGUAGAGAUUCAGCGCUCCAACAGCUCCAGCUCCGGUUCGUCCGAGGAUAAUGAGAUAGGCGGGAGAAGGAACAAGAAAGGGCUGAAGGACAAAAUAAAGGAUAAACUGACAGGUGGAAAGCACAAGGAGGAGGCGCAAUCACAGACCACAACUUACGAGUCUAAAACCACCACCACAGGCGUCUCGCAUGGGCAGCACCACACUGAGCACGAGAAGAAGACAAUGAUGGAGAAGAUCAAGGAAAAAUUGCCUGGUUGUCAUAGUCAUUAAAGCCGUCUGAAUGAAUUGCAACUUUCGUUUUGGAUGCUGUGUUUGGAAUAAUGUUGGCCUCAAAAUUAUGUGUGCUUGUAAAUUUAUCAAGCGUUUGAUGUGUGAUCUAUAAUAAACAGUACAUUAUGAUGUAGGAAUUGAUGCAGCAAACUUUUUAUGAAACUAGUAUUUUAUUUCUA